UUUUGUUUCCUGGACUUGCUGACUUGCAACUAAAAAUAAAGGAAGGAUAAUAUACUUAGAUUUGUGGGUGUAUACCGUAUAGCACACAAGGUGUUUGAUAAAAGUUCCCAAAGGCUCUUCCAUUUCUUAUUUAUCUGCUGCAUCAUUUCUCUACUUUGCCGUUGGUUCUACGCUCCGUAUCCAUCCAGCUUCCAAUUCCAAUCCAAUAACAUUAGAGAAAUUCUCUUCUUUCUUCAUCACAUCAGUGACGUGAUUUCUACGCUUCAUUGAUUAAGAAAAACUAAUGGAUAUUCCGUUGCCGGUGGAUAAAUUAUCUUUGCAAUUGAUCAACAACGAACCCGCUCCAUACACAACCAACAGUAAGAUAUAUGUUGUUCUUGUUGCUACUGGGAGCUUCAAUCCACCUACCUUCAUGCAUUUGCGAAUGUUCGAGCUUGCAAGAGAUGCACUGAAUUCAGAAGGUUACUGCGUAAUUGGAGCUUACAUGUCUCCUGUGAACGAUGCGUAUAAGAAAAAGAACCUAAUAUCUGCUGAACAUCGAAUGCAAUUAUGUAAUCUAGCUUGCAAAAGUUCAGACUUUGUAAUGGUUGAUCCAUGGGAGGCAAAUCAAAGCACCUAUCAACGCACUUUAACCGUGCUGUCCAGAGUCCACAGUUCAAUAUGUGGGAAAGGAUUAAUAUCUAGAGGAACCCUCAAGGUCAUGCUUGUCUGUGGUUCUGAUCUGAUUCAUUCUUUUAGCAUUCCAGGAUUUUGGAUUCCUGACCAGGUUAAGAGUAUAUGCAGAGAUUACGGAAUAGUCUGCAUUCGCAGAGAAGGACAAGAUGUUGAGAAGAUUAUAUCCGAUGAUGAAAUUUUGAAGGAGAAUCAGGCUAAUAUCAAAGUUGUGCAUGACCUUGUACCGAACCAAAUCAGUUCAACGAGAUUAAGGGACUGCAUUGCAAGAGGAUUAUCAAUAAAAUACCUGACAGCAGAUGAAGUGAUUGAUUAUAUCAGAGAUCAGAAAUUAUACUUAACCUUGGAUGAUAAAUAAUUAGUAGUGUUGUGAUAUGAUGAGGUUUAUUCAUCUUAUAAUCUGUAAGAAUUGUGAUAUGAUGAGGUUUAAAAUAUGGAGGAUAUAUAUAUAUAUAUAUAUAUAUAUAUAUAUUCAAUUUAUUAAAAUUUAAUGGAGAUGAAUGUGGUGGUCAAGGUCAAGGUAACAAACCCCAUAAAAGAAAAAAAAGGACAAAAAUCGUACAAGUGUGUAGGGUGGCAAAAUCAAUGUGCUUUAAUGCACAUAAGGUCUAGUCAAUUAUUCUGUUGUAACUAGUCACUGUAACGCUAGAAAUAUCUGAAUGCAUGAAUAAAAUAAUAAUAAACACAACUUUAUA